AGGUUUUUAUGAAACGGGGCCCAGGUGUCGGAUACCAAUAUGGACAGCCCCAGCAAUAUUGAUUCGUUACCUGCGGAAUUAUUGCUCAAAGAAUGGAACCAAAAGAAUCGAAACAAUUUGGGAAAUUUGUUGUGUGUUUGUACAUAUUGAUGCUGUUCAAGUGGUGGAGAUGUAUUAAUGACGAUGCUUUGUUUCCUUUUGGUGAUUCACAAAUCCACGCAAGCGGUAGGCUGUUCUUAAUGAUUCAUCUUCUCCCUCAUCAAUCGCCUCUUGUAAUGGAUUUACCACUAUCAUCAUUUGGCCUACGGUCCAGACGAAUGAACAUGAUCAAAUCGGGAUCGGUACUAAACGAUUGCAUUAAUUUAAAUCUAGGAGUAUUGGUCACCGGUGAGUCUGUCCCAUGGCGUGACUGCAAAGAGUGAUCGACGUGCAAGGCGUGGAGAUAUAUACGUAUGUCUAAAUGAGAUUCAUCUAUGCAGGGUCUAGAUGUGACGUGAGUACAGUUUAAGAGCUGGAGUAAUGUAUACCCUGGAGGAACAAUCCAAGAUGAAGACACUAAUGGGCAUCGUUAUACUUGUCUGUGUUUUAAGAAGUGGAAUGAGUAGAACUUGUCUAACGUGUAAGGAAGUAACUUCUGAUGAUAUUGAUAUGGAACUUGGCGGCAGUGGAUAUGAAUCGUGUACAGACAACCCGGGCGACAUGGAAUGCCCUGAUGGAAUCUCAACGUGUAUGACUGGGGUCAUCAUUGUUAGAUAUGGACUCGAAUCAGGCCAAAACGUGACCUUCCGCGAUGAGAAACGCGCAUGCGCACCAGAAGAGAUAGUUGCUUCAAUAUCGUCUGGAGACCACUGCCUAAACCAGUCCGUCGUCGAUUCCUACUUCUCUGCCAACGAUCCAGCGGAACUUUACCCGAACGAUGGUGGUAUGACGUUCUAUGGCAUCGUCAACGCAACCUUCUGUGUCUGUGACAGCGGCGAUAGAUGCACACCGCCUUCUCCCGACGGCGAGGGUCCACCAAAAGGAAGCCCUGACGCAGGAGACACCGUUACGCCACGUCACGUCACAUCAGCUAGAUCAGGAAUGAGUAGAACUUGUUUAACGUGCAAGGAAGUAACUUCUGAUGAUAUUGAUAUGGAACUUGGCGGCAGUGAAUAUGAAUCGUGUACAGACAACCCGGGCGACAUGGAAUGUCCUGAUGACAUCUCAACGUGCAUGACUGGGGUCAUCAAUGUUAGAUAUUACAAUCGAGAAUCUGGUCAAAAUGUGACGUUCCGCGAUGAGAAACGUGCCUGCGCGCCCGGUGAGGUAGUCGCCUCUAUUCCCUCUGGAGAUCAUUGCGUAGAUCAAACCGUGGUCGAGUCCUACUUCUCUUCCAACGAUCCCUCAGACCUCUACCCCGAUACGGGGAUCAUGGAGUUCCGUGGAAUAGUGGACGCAACCUUCUGCGUCUGUGACAGCGGCGACAAAUGCACACCACCUUCCCCCAGUGAUGGUCAAAACGAUGGCUCGAUGGAACAAGGAUAUCUGAGAACAUGCAUCGAAUGCAAGGAGGUGACUUCAACCGGUGACGUCAUAUAUCCUGGUGAGACUGACAUUGUCUCGUGCUCGGACAACCCCGAUGAAAUGGUGUGCGCUGAUGGCAUCUCUACAUGUAUGUCUGGGACUGUUAACGUGCUAUAUGUACUGGAAUCUGGUCACACCGUCACCGUAACUGAUAAACGACGCGCCUGCGCCCCACCAGACGUUGUUGCUUCGAGUCCUUCAGGAGAUGUCUGUGCUCCCAAAUCGGUGGUCGAAGAUUACUUUUCAGACAACCCUCCCUCUGAGCUGUACCAUAGUACAGACGAAAUGACUUUCUAUGGUAUCUUAAAUGCAACGUUCUGUCUAUGUGAUAGCGCUGACAGAUGUACCCCUCCCUCCCCAGAGGCCCGGCAUGUGAGUGGAGGAUCUGGUAGUAGAAUCGGAGCGACUACGCCAAAGAGUAGUGGUCGAAGCCUUAGAGCUUCUGAGGUUGUUGCUUUUUCAUUUAUCGUAGUUAUAUUACUCUCUGUUUUGGGUUAAGAGGUAGGCCUACGUGGUAGAAGCGUAGUAUUUGAAUAAACUAAAUUUGUUUUAUACUGAACGAUUUUGCAUCUAUUUUUCAAUAUGAAUAAUGCCCUGCCUUUUCCUAGCCGGACUUUCUUUCUCGUUUUGGACUGUAUUUGUAUUGUAUUUGUGCUACAGGCGUAUCCCACCACAAGCUUUUGCUUUUAGAAUAAAAUACGCCUUCUUCUGUUAAAUCUUUUAUAUAUUUACGCUCUAUUAUGACAAAGUUCUGUAUGAGUUAUAUUGAAAAAUUAUAUUUUGAGCAAAUGGAAGAAAGUAAAUGUUUAUUUGAGUUGAAAGAAAAAAAACAUUAAUCAAACAUGUCAUAAUACCAGUCUGUCAUAAAAUUACGCAUUAUGCAUGAUAAAAAAAAUCAUGUAUCCAUCUAUUUAGACAAGUUUGUUUUUAGAACGAGUAAUAAUUUCUUAGGCAUUGUGUCAUUAUGCAUUUGAUUAUUGUAUAUUCUUGUACUUGUUUUGUAAAAGAUUCUACAUUCAGCCUUUGGCCGCGAAUCAAUUUUAAACAAACCAUUACCACACCAUACUAUACACUGUUAAAAAAAAACUGAUUUUACAGAAAAAAUCAAGAAGAUUUUGCAAAAAGCAAUAACAGAAUCAUUCUGUGAAUUCAUAAAACAAGAAUUUUUCUGCAAUUUAACAGAACAGGUCUGUUUAAAAAGGGGGAAAUGGUGUUUUAUUUAAGGAAAUUUGUAAGAUUCCAUACACCAAAGGCCAAUUUCCUGUUAAGAUUCUGGUAAGAUUACAUGUGUUCUCGAGACUCUGCUGCAGGAACUUCUUUUAUUUUAAGGAUAACUUUUCUAACAGUGUACAAUUUUAUUGCGACUAAUAAAUAUAAACGUGCAUUUAUACACUUUUUAUAUUUUGUAAUGAAAGCACUGCUGUUGUUAAUUGUAAAUAUAUAUUUUGCAUGCUCUCGUUUAUCAUUUUAGUGGUGUUGUGCACAAUUGGAUAAGUUCCUGGACUAUAUCAACGACGAAGCCCAGGGAUCGAAUCCGACCACAGAACUCGCGUCGUUUUGGCAAUAUCUUUAUCAAUAUUUGCCACUCUCAAACCAAAUGUAGUAUAAAUGAGUAUCCGGUAGUAAGAAUUCCCUUGAAUGCUCGAGAGCCUCGGCUUUUGUAACGCUAAUGUACAUUGAAAAAUAUGUAUUAUUUUGUGUAUAUCUAGUCAUGAAUUCAUUGCCGUUUAUUCAAUUAUGUUGUGAGGUAGGCCUGAUGAAGACAAUUCAACAUCGUGGGAAGCUCCAAUAAAGAAAAUGUAACAAAAUACCAAAAGCUUCAUUCCGUGUCGUACAAGUCACAGAGAACGAGAGUGCGAUGAUAAUAAAAUGCCAUACGAGUUGGGAAAUCAAUC